CGGAGCAGUCCAGCGCCAGGCGCAGCCAGCCAGCCAGUCUCUCCGCAGCCUCGGACGCAGCAGCAGCAGCAGCAGCAGCCGCCAGUCUCGACGGCGAUGCAAGCCUGAGCGGCGCCGUCUCGCCCUCCUGCUCCUCCUCUUUCUCCAGCCGAGCCUCCUUCCUCCCAAGCCGGCUUGCCUGCUUUCCCCGCCGCCGUCCGAGGAGCCCCCAGCGGCGCCGGUGAGUGUCUGCGUCCGCCCGGCUCGCCGCCGUCGGGGCCCGCGCUGCGCUGCGCUCUCGGGGCUUAGAGCGCUGGCGGUGGGGUGCGGGGGAGAAGGGUUGGGGGGCGUGUUCCCGCGGGGAACUAACUUAGGGUACGAGGGGCCAUAACGAGACCGGCGACUGCCCCCACCCCGGCGACAGCAGUCGUUGGAUAAAGGGAGAGGGGGCGCUAGAGAGGCGGGAGUUGGGGCUGGUCCAGGGUGGAUUGCGGGCGCGGAGGGCUUCGGUUCAGAGAGCCCGACAGGGGGCGCCCUGGAGACGGGGGGUAAGAGAGGGGCAGAUUCAUAACGCGACGGCCGGGACUCUCCGUUGGGGCUCGCUCGGGACCUCUGACUGUGAUGGAUGGGAGCAGUUCACGGCCAGGGUAGAAAAUGAGGUUGAUUCGAAGUGAAACGGAGUUAAGUCGGGGUUGGAAAAGCGGAGCGGGCGGAGGAGCGAGGGUCGUGGGGAGGCGAUUGCCCACCCUCUAGGGGGCGCUGUAGAGCGGGCGAAAGAGGCGGCUGGAGGAGUUCCGACGGUCGGAAGGGGGCGCGCAGUGUCCAAGGUGCGCGGAGCUGGGUCUGGGGGACGGGAAAGUGGCUCGUUUCUGGCUGUCACACUUCUGAUCGUGUUAAGUGGGCUCUUCCGGAGGCAUUUCGCCCCCUUAGGAGUAGAAACCGAGGCAUUGAGAAGAUUCCGGACUCCUGCUGUGCUCACGUCGAGGUUCCUCGCCGUCGAGGCGCUGACUUCCCCCGGCUGGGGAUCUGGGGAGCGCGGCUCCUUCCUUUCCCUUAUUGUCUAGCGGCAGCCUGGAUCUUAUCCUGAUCCCCACCCCCGCCACGAUCUUACUCCUCGCUUUCUCGUUUCCCUCCUUGCACCUGAUCUCUGCCGAGGCGUCUGCGGUUUCGAUUCCCGCCGCUCACGUUGAUCUGGCCACGGUGUGUUUAUUAUAACCUGGAUUCUUGCGAGCAUCUGUUUAGGGAGCCAACCCCGCGCUUUCUUCCUACCCCCCCCCCUUUAAGGUCCUGGAGUGAUGGGUUGUAAAACAGUUCAAAAGAAGUUAAUUGAGUUGCCCAAAUUCUCCAGCCCUGGGAGAUAAUGAUAUUUGGCUCCUCGCUGGGCUAUCUCUUAAGGGACUGGCAAGAUCUCUCCCUGGGGCGAUCUUAGCAAAGAAUGUGAGGCAGAUUGUGUUCAACAGCAACAACCCAAAACAAGAAUGCCAGAUACUAUAUUAUAAAAUGUGUUGUUUCUUGGUCUCUGCCUUCCUGGAACCAGAGAGAGAGAGAGAGAGAGAGAGAGAGAGAGAGACUCCAUCAUUGUGGAAACAACGUAACUAGUUUUGGAAUUUUUGUUUUCCAUGUUCUCAGGAUUUUCUUUCUUACAGUCCCCCCCACCGCACCCAGGUUUGUUGUCAUCAGUCCUUCCUCCUCCUCCUCAUGUGUCAUAGUUACGCCGGGGAAAUACUGUGCUUUAGCAGGAGUUUGAUGCCAGGGAUGUGAGUCACACACAAGGCAGCUUAAAUAUAGGUUCUUGGGGUUUUCUUUGAAACAUCACAGUUGCUUGUCAAUGGCAUUGCAUCAACGGCAGCCUGUCUGGUUUGCAUCACUGAAUAACGUCGUUGGAAUUCAAAGCCGUGUCAUGGCAGUGUUGUCCAAAUGUCUCGCGAUGGAGGCGUGCACUCCCCCACCUCCCUCAAAGUAAAACUGGACGCUCUGUGCUCACGAACACACUCGGAAGCUGAAUCUUGUUCCCAUGUUCCCCCUUGUUCCCUUGUUCCCCCUUGCUGUUCAGCACAAGCCGCUCCAGGGAAUGUCUCUUGGCUCCAGGGCAAGCUCAGAACAGGCACUCAUCCAGAGACACAGGAGGCAGCCUCCUUCUGGGGACUUGUGGCCAAUUCUACUACGCCUCUGUGUUGGGAGUGAUUGAACGGUGUGAAUGCACACAGUGCAGAGCGACAGUAGCAUUUCUCCCCACCCCCAUCAGAGGCAAGGUCAGAACAGGGCAUCAUUCAGCGAUGCAGCAGGCAGACUCUUUUUUUUUGUGGGUGGCAAACCAUAUCCCUGCAUUGCGGGGGGUUGGACUAGAUGACCCCUGGGGUCCCAAUUCUACAAUUAUCUGAAAAUUAACAUUUCUUUUGUAGUGUAUUAGUACGGUUCAGCAGAUAGUAGGAUUACGUGCAUCAGGUUCAUCAUAUCCCCUGGUCAUAGUUGUUAUGAAGUUAAUUACCCUUUUGUCACAAAUGCAUAUUGUUGUUGCAGCAAGGGAAAAACUCACACUUGAGCUGCGCAUGGUUGCUUUUCAACUUCUGAGCAGAUUGUGCAGAAGUAGCUGCAAACACUUGAUCUUAGUUUUGCCGUGCUGCUGUGACGGGGGCUGUUUUUCUUUGCUCUUCCCCUUUUGUGGUCGCUUGCAGAGUUUUGAGUUUGAGGCUGCGUACUUGCAAGGGCCCAAGUCCAUUUCACUUGGAAUAAUAAUGUAACUCCUCAUAAUUAUGCGUUGGGCUGGGUUGCCCAGCUGUCCUGAGGUAUGCACUCCUUUUCUACUACAGUACAGCCUUUUGUGAUGUGCUAAGUGACUCAUUUAUGACACCCGUACAGCUUUCCUGCAUCUCUUGAGGACACGUGACUCUUCCUGCCUGUCAGAUCUCUGCUCAGCCUGGAAGUUUGCAUCCUUGGAUGGGAGCAGAACCAGACAAAGAAGGCUGCCUUUUCUUCUUUCUGCAUUUCUCGCUCUCCUAGACCAAGAAAGCAAUAGCAGUUUCUGUUCCGGUUGCUGUUUGAUGAAGGAGCCACAGGGAAGCUGCUUUUGCUUUCUCUUGCAGCCACAGCAACACCUACUGGUGCAAAGGCAGGACUGAUCAGGAGCAGUUUUCUUGGUGAAACUCCUGUGGGUUGGAGAGAGAGACUUGAGACCAGAGAAGGAUGCAGGCUCGUGUUUUUACUUGCCUUCUCAAAGCCUUUAAUAAUAAUAAUAAAAAAGCUGUUCUGGAGGCCAAAAGUUGAUAUGGAUGACAUUUCGUGGUUUCUCUUGCAGGGAUGGGUGGGGGUUACCUGUGGAAGCCCCUGCUUCUGCCCCACUGCCAAUUUUUCUGCACUGUAACACUCAAAAUCCCUAAGGUAAAGGACACCUGGACGGUUAAGUCCAGUCAAAGGCGACUAUGGGGUUGCAGCGCUCAUCUCGCUUUCAGGCCAAGGGAGCCAGCGUUUGUCCACAGUCAGCUUUCCGGGUCAUGUGGCCAACAUGACUAAACCUCUUCUGGCGCAACGGGACACCGUGACGGAAGCCAGAGCGCACGGAAACGCCGUUUACCUUCCUGCCAGAGCGGUACCUAUUUAUCUAUUUGCUCUGGUGUGCUUUCGAACUGCUAGGUUGGCAGGAGCUGGGACAGAGCAGUGGGAGCUCACCCUGUUACGUGGAUUUGAACUGCUGACUUUCCGAUCGGCAAGCCCAAGAGGCUCAGUGGUUUAGACCAUGAACAACAUUUGGAGUGUCUAUAGGUUCCUGUUUCUCUUUCUCAGUCUUUUUAUUUUUGCAUGUAUACCCCACCUGUCGUCCAAGGCACUCAAGGUUAGCCUGCAUAGUUCUUCUCCCCAUUUUAUCCUCACAGCAACCCUGUAAGGUAGGCUAGUCUUAAGAGACCGUGACUGGUCUCACCCAGUGAGCUUUGUGGCUGAGUGGGGAUUCGAACCCUGGUGGUCUCCAACGCUCUAACUUGGUGUUUCCCAAACUUUCCCCCCUCUGGAUCGCACUUUCAGAUUAACAAUUUGCUUGCACCACACCAAAUAUUUAUAUUGAUAAGGCAUUGGAAAACAAACUAGGAUUGUCCUGGAUAUCACUUGAUUCUCUUGCUCACCACACCCUUUGAGAACCACUGCUCUAACUGCUACACCACACUGUCUUUGUAUUCUGAAGCAACAGGAGCAGCCUGCGCAAUGACUUGGUCUCCAUCAGCUCUGCCUCUUUUGCUUGUUUUCAGUCCUAGUCAUUGCUUUAGUGUGGAAGCAUUAAUGGAAGCAUUAAUUUGCAAUUAUAAGGGGGGAUUAUUAUUAUUAUUAUUUUAAAGCAAGCUUUUUCUUUCCAAGUGCCCUCAUCGCCCUCCCCAUCGAGGAAUAUAAUACGCUGGAGGGAAGAACAGUUAACACGGUUCCCUCUCGAGUUACGAACGGACACCCUUUUGGCAUCUGUUGCUGCAGAAAACAGAUGUCUGUAUCGGGACGAAGGCAUUGUCCGUUUGGCUGAGGGUUCCCCAAUGGUGCCUACAGGGGGGGCAGGGGGGACUUAAGUUGGAGCAGCAAGCAGGAGAUAUUGAUUAUGUCUUUCAGGGAACGAAUCAUCUGUUGUCGUGUAGCUGAGUCAAUUUGCAAAGCCGUUCACAAGCGCCUGCCCCUCACCGCUCUGCCCUGUGAGGUCUGUCCCCAUUUUACAGGGAGCAAAAUAGAGGCUGAGAUUGGAUGGUAAAAGUCUUGUAGACUGUCCACAGCAGAGGAGUGGACUCUCAAACCCAAGUCUGUCUCUGAUCCAAGUUGCCCCCCUUCCCCGCAAUCUCAGACAUGGUUGUUGGUGUGGUGGUUUAGAGCACGAUUGGAAUGUUGCUAUUCCAGAUCUCAACCCAGCAAUCAGAAGGGACCUUGAGGGUCAUCUAGACCAACCCCUGCAAGGCAGGAACCUCAGCUAAAGCAUCCGUGUCAGAUGGCCAUCCGACCUCUACUUAAAAACCCUCCAGGGUCCACAACCACCUGAGGGAGCCUGUUCCAUUGUGAGAUAGCUCUUACUGUCACAAAAUUCUUCCUGAUGUUUAGUUGGAAUCUCCUUUAAACCACUGGUUCGAGUCCUAUCCUCCAGAGCAGGAGAAAACAAGCUUUCUCCAUCUUCCAUGUGACAACCCUUGAGAUAUUUGAAGAUGGCCAUUAAUGCUCCUCUCAGUCGCCUCUUUUCCAGGCUAAAGAUGCCCAGCUCCCUCAACAGUUCCUCAUAAGGUUUGGUUUCCAGACCCUUGGAUCAUUUUGGUUGCCCUUCUCUGCACACAUUCCAUCUUGUCAACACCCUUCUUAAAUUGGGGUGCCCAGAACUGGACACAGUAUUCCAGGUGCGGUCUGUCCAAGGCAGAACAGAGUGGAACUAUUACUUCCCUUGAUCUGGACGCUAUACUUCUGUUGAUGCAGCCCCAAAGAGCAUUAGUGUUUUUGCUGCCGCAUCACACUGUUGUCUCAUGUUAAGCUUGUGGUCCACCAAGACCCCUAGAUCCUUUUCACAUGUAAUACUUGGAAGCCAGGUGGCCCCCAGGUGGCUUUCUUACUUAGAACCAAUCAGGGGAUGGUUCCACCUCCUGUGGGUCUCUGUGCAUUCUGCCCUACCAGGCCCAAAUGGGCUAACAUUGGCAUUGAAGUAUUCAAAGCACCUCAUUUGCGUUAUCUCGCCAACACAACAACCCUGUGAGUUGGGCCAGUAGUAAGUGACAUACCCCCUCAAGUGAAUUCGUUGUUGUUUCACUGCUAUACCGCUUUCUAUUUUAAAGAACAAAUCUCAAAGUGGGUUACAACACACUGAACACCAAAUAAAACAGUCCAGAACAAAACAUAUUCAAGCUUCAAGGAAAAUCUUUCAGAUCCUUCUCCAAGUCACCUGACACCCAGAGAUCGUCAUGUGGUCACAAUUGGACCCGUGGCUGGUGCCUGGCUGAUGUGUAACGCUGCUUCCCGGGUUCAUGACUCAAUUUCUUCAGCACACCCCCAUUGUAGCUUUCCUGUUCUACUUCAUGCAUAAAAGUGUAGAUCACCAGAAAAGAAAUUCAGACCCAGUAGAAAUGUCCAUUGCCUUUUUCUGUAAAUCUGCAGGGAUUGCUUGCAUGUAUCUUCUGAUGCAUGUAUCUUCCUUGCAUGUACAGUGGUACCUCGGGUUAAGUACUUAAUUCAUUCCGGAGGUCCGUACUUAACCUGAAACUGUUCUUAACCUGAAGCACCACUUUAGCUAAUGGGGCCUGCUGCUGCUACUGCGCCGCCGGAGCACAAUUUCUGUUCUCAUCCUGAAGCAAAGUUCUUAACCUGAAGCACUAUUUCUGGGUUAGCGGAGUCUGUAACCUGAAGUGUAUGUAACCUGAAGCGUAUGUAACCUGAAGCGUAUGUAACCUGAAGCGUAUGUAACCCGAGGUACCACUGUAUCUUUCAUGCUUGCAUGUAUCUUCCGAUCCAGAUUCUCCUCCUUAUAUUCCACCUCCCCGAUUGCUUUUCGGUUCUUUUUUCUGGAAGGAAAGUAGCUUAUCUCAUUCAGAUUCAGGGACUUCAUUGUGGCAUGCAGCAAGUAGACGGUUAGACACCCCCCCCCCCAGUUCUUCCUGCAUUAUUAAGAGCAGGAGGCCGGCGCGUCAGAGGUAAAACAGAGUGUACCCACCAGAGGACAAACAAGGUAACCGGCGUUGCAUUAUUCAUCAGGUGUAAUCAAAUAGAGGAUUUGCCUAGACACUGAGGGCAGUUUGUAUCUUUUGUCUUCCGUCCUCGCUUGAAUUUGAUUUAAAAGAAUUAACAACCAAGUCACUUGCUUCUGCUGCCGGCAUCUUUUAACACGGCCGUUCGCCUUUACCAAUAAUGUUGAGGGUUGAAUCAGGCAGGAGCCUGCAAACCACCGCCACGCCUUUCUCUGUGUAAACAGAAGUCUCUGAGUGACUGUAGUGGCUCCCGGGAGUUGCUGCAGCCAUGCACGUUGCUUCGUAAAUCCAGUGCAGGUGGAGAGAUGAGUAGGCACUGGGGAAACUGCAGAGAGGGGUGGAGGGAGCCUGUCAGGUUAGAACCAGGGGCUGCCCUAGGUGUGAGCACCCUGGGGUGCCCGCAAACCGGCUCAGGAAAUGGAAAGAGUCGGUUCCUGCUAAAAUGCAGGCAGAUCAAACUGUAGCCUGGGGGCUUUGCGUGCAAAGUAAACACACAAGCAGGCACUCACUAGGUUUUGCAAAACAUCUAGCUCUGUGUUGCCUGAAGGGCUUCAUUUGGGAACUUAUGGUCCGGUCCCCGCUCCCAGUUUGCUGCAGGGAAAACGGAGGUGUCUCCAUUGCUGGAGCCAUGAGUACCUGUUGCACGUGGCGGUUCUGCUGUUAAGCUGAAUUCCUCUUAAGUCCUGCAGCAAGAAAAGCUGGAUCCUGUGACCUGAAUGAAUUAUGGAAAUGAAAGCAAAUUAGCAUCGACACUCUUUGCAUAAUGCAUUCUGCUCCAGUGAUUCAAGAGGAGCUGUGGGGUGUUAAGAGAGUGAACCCUGCCGGCCAGAAAUUCCUGAAUAAAAACCCUUUCCUUUCUGAGAUUUCACCAGGUAUUGCUAGAAACUUCAUUUCCUGUUUUGAUGAAAGCUGGAAUUCCCAGGAACUUGAAUUCUGAUCCUGAUAAACCAAAACCCUGGGCUUCCUUGCAUAGGUCUAUAGGGCCCCGAAGUGUGUUCUCAGGUUUUGUUUUUUGCCGGAUUAGGAAAGAGGGAGAUUUAUCCUAGUGCCUGCGGCUGGUUGCAGAGAAAGCUUUGAGGUCUUGUAGAAAGAUGUGCUGAGUGUUCCCGAUGCAGAGAGCAAGUUUUAAAAUGGCAUUUAUGGCAUCUUAAGCUUGUUCUAUGGUUGUACGAACAUUUCAGGGGCCCUCCCUCCUUAUUUUUGCAUUGGCACAGCCUGCAAGCAAGGUGCAGGGGGCUCCAAGAGAAAGAAGCCAUAUGUUCCUUUGCUAAGUUACAAAUCUUGUUUACUGGUCACCUGGAAGUUUUCCAUCCUCGCUACAGGCAACCAGGAGUCCAGUUCGUUGCUCCUACCUUUUUCUCUCUUUUCUUGCAAAACUAGAUAAGCAAUUCCUGCCUUUUAAAAAACGACAAAGCAAAUUUGUGCACCCAUACAGCUUAAUAUUUAUAUGCCACCCUUCCUGCAAUGAGAUCAUGAUGGGCAUAUGUCUAAGGCAGGGGUAGGCAACCUAAGGCCUGUGGGCCAAAUGCGGCCCAAUCACCUUCUCCAUCCAGCCUGCGGACUGUCUGGGAAUCCGCGUGGUUUUUAUAUGAGUAGAAUGUGUCCUUUUAUUUAAAAUGCAUCUCUGGGUUAUUUGUGGGGCAUUGAAAUUCGUCCAUUCCCCCCCCCAAAAAAAUAUAGUCUGGCCCACCACAUGGUCUGAGGGACGGUGGACCGGCCCAUGGUUGAAAAAGGUUGCUGCCCCUGGUCUAAGGGCUACUCCAGGUUACUUCCUCAAGAGCCCUGAGAGUAAGGUGGAUGAGCUGAGUGUGUAACCGGUGAGGAUUUGAACUUAACUAUUAUUUGUUAAAUUUAUACCCCACUUUUUCUCCAGGGAGCUCAAAGUGGCCCACAACUCUUCCCACUCCCCAGUCUAACCUGACAAUAAUCCCUUGGGGUAGGCUAAGCUAAGAGCGAGUGACUGGCUCAAGGCGACCCAGUGAGUUUCAUGGCUGAGUGGGAAUACGAACCCUGCUUUCCCAGGUCCUAGGCUGGCACUCUAACCACUACACCACACUGCUUCUCCUGCGCUGUUCAAUGAUGGAACGGACUCCCUAGGAAUGUGGUGGACUCUCCUUCCACGGAGGUUUUUAAGCAGAGAUUGGGUGACCAUCUGUCAUGGAUGCUUUGGCUGAGAUUCCCUCAUUGCAGGGGGUUGGACUGGAUGACCUUUGAGGUCCCUUCCAAUUCUAUGAUUCUGUGAAAUCUAGCCCUGGACCGCAACAGCACUCUGUCUCCCUUGCCUAGCCCUAACUGGGCACUUGCCAUCUUUAUUUGUUCUAACGAUGCUCAGAUGAUUGGCGCGCCCCUUCCAAGUCGCCUGCCCUGGUCGUGUGACUCCCAUUCGUCUCCGCGGGGUUUGUGCCAGGGAGUCUCUGCGAGGAUUGCGCCCUGUGUGACUGGGGCAUGCGGCUGAAUUACGCCCAUGAGCUGUUUUCUCCCGUGAUGCGUGUUCCCAUCGUGGCUUCCUGAGCAACUCAGUCAGUCUCCCCGGACAAAAUGCUGCCUGCAUUUUCUGGCGGGUGGGGUUUGGUUGUCUCACCGGUCUCUGCUUGCGACUGAUUCAUGCUUUUUUAUUCUGGGAUGUGAAACGUACGUGUGCUUUCUAGCCUUUGCUGUCCCGACUCUAUUUUUAGCAGCAGAGAGAGAUUAUGAAACCUUAUAGUCGGCUUAAGUUAACCGCCCCAAAAAAAAGGGAACCGCUUGAAGGAGCGGGAAUCCCAAUUUACUGUUCCUUGAAAUAAGGUUGCUGAGUCCCUUUCUGUGCGCAAAGGGGACUUCUUGAAUCUAGUCUCUUCUGUGCGGUCGUUUCUGGUGGUUUCCCAAUGUGGUAUCUACAUGGGAAAUCACAGGGUGAAGGUAGGAAAAAAGUAACUUUACUGCUGUGGAAAUCCCCCCCUCCCCAAUUUUCCCAGCACACACACAUAUAUGCAAAGUAUUGUAUGAAGUAGCUUGGUAUAUUUUUAAAGGAAAGCACCAGAAUUAUUCUGUGUCUCUCCUUUUUAUGUAUGGCUCCAGUGUGUAUUUCAGGCCUGGAUUCACGGGCACCCACAUCACAUUUCUAGGUGUGCAAGCAGUCGGAGAACGUUAAAAAAAACAAAUACUUGCAUGAUGCACACACUGAACCAUUGGUCUGUGAAUGGGACAAGAGAAGCUUUUCAGUAUAAUCUCUCCCCUGCUCACCGAUGGUGAGUCGGUAGUACCUCCAGGUAACCAGGAAAGGAACUUGUUUCUUUCUAAUUGGAAAAAGGUGGCCUUUUUUUGUGUGGGCUAAAUUGCAAGGUUGGCAGAGAUGGUUGCUGGAAACUUUCCAGUGCCUGCCUAGUUUGGUUUUGGAAAACGAGAGUUGGGGGACCAGCAUCCUAACUUCCCUCCCCACAGAACCCCAAAUUCACAGCUUUGCAGGUGCUACCUCAAGUUGGACUGCCAGAUUUAGCCCAGGGCUCUCCAGUGGCCAAUCCCCAACGCCUAGUAUAUUUCCAGAGCCAGUUGACCAGAGCGAGCGGGUGGAAUUCUGUCCUUACCCCAAAGGGAACGUAUGAGGCCAGACUAUUGCUUCAGCUCCCCCAGUGCUGUCUAGAACUCGUAUGGAGAGAGAGGUCGGCCCCAUCCUGUGUCCACAUCCAGGGUUCGGACCUUUUGCAUGCGUAGUCUGGCUCUCGUACACAAACCUCACAAGCCAGGGCCCGGUGUUUGAAAUCAGCCAAGUGCAUUUUGCACCUUACUACUGACCACUUGGGACGCAGGUGGCGCUGUGGGUUAAACCACAGAGCCUAGGGCUUGUCGAUCAGAAGGUCAGCGGUUCGAAUCCCCGCAACUGGGUGAGCUCCCGUUGCUCUGUCCCAGCUCCUGCCAACCCAGCAGUUCGAAAGCACGUCAUGUGCAAGUAGAUAAAUAGGUACCUCUCCGGCAGGAAGGUAAACGGUGUUUCCGUGUGCUGCUCUGGUUCGCCAGAAGCGGCUUAGUCAUGCUGGCCACAUGAGCUGUACGCCGGCUCCCUCGGCCAAUAAAACGAGAUGAGCGUCACAACCCCAGAGUCAGCCACAACUCGACCUAAUGGUCAGGGGUCCCUUUACCUUUACCGACCACUUGUGACCAAGCAAAGAUGUCUGGGCACCUAGUAUCUCCGCCAUCUGGAGGUGCGUGCCUGGGGAUCCUUGGACGUGGACUGUUUCCGCACACAAGCAACACAUCCUGUAGGAAUCUACCUGUUAUAUUUUACCUGCGCAAUCGGAAUGAAUUUCAGGAACCAAAAUGCUUUCUCUGUGCAGCUUGAGCAGGAGCAGUCACCGUUAAGAAAAAGAGGUCAGAAAAGGCCAAUAUAUAUGCAUACUGUCCCUGGAUCAAGUGACUUUUCUUCUUUAAGCUCUCAUAGUUCUUCACUGAACUCAAGAUGGUCCUCUCAGCUAGCCAGAUGUUUUAACUGAGAGUCAAUCCCAGUCAGUCCAUCAUUUGAAAAAUAAGACUUUAGAGCCGCCUUACCCAAAGAGGGUAAUGAGGGACACGGGUGGCGCUAGGGACGCGGGUGGCGCUGUGGGUUAAACCACUGAGCCUAGGGCUUGCCGAUCGGAAGGUCGAUGGUUCGAAUCCCCGCGAUGGGGUGAGCUCCCGUUGCUCGGUCCCUCCUCCUGCCAACCUAGCAGUUUGAAAGCACGUCAAAGUGCAAGUAGUUAAAUAUGUACCGCUCUGGCGGGAAGGUAAACGGCAUUUCCGUGCGCUGCUCUGGUUUCGCCAGAAGCGGCUUAGUCAUGCUGGCCACAUGACCCGGAAAAACUGUCUGCGGACAAACACCAGCUCCCUUGGCCAGUAAAGCGAGAUGAGCGCGCAACCCCAGAGUCAUCCACAACUGGACUUAACUGUCAGGGGUCCCUUUUUCCUUUACCUACCCAAAGAUGGCAACUAGGAAUUCCGUUUUCGCAACUGCAACCUUGGUUUAACUUUAAGGAACCAUUUGGUUCCUAGCUUAUAUACAGUGGUACCUCGGGUUACAUACGCUUCAGGUUACAGACUCCGCUACCCCAGAAAUAGUACCUCGGGUUAAGUACUUUGCUUCAGGAUGAGAACAGAAAUUGUGCUUCGGCGGCGCGGCAGCAGCAGGAGGCCCCAUUAGCUAAAGUGGUGCUUCAGGUUAAGAACAGUUUCAGGUUAAGAACGGACCUCCAGAACGAAUUAAUUAUGUAACCAGAGGUACCACUGUAUCAGCUACCAUUGCAAGCCCUCGAGAGAGAAUUCUCUUAAUCCUCUGAACGUUUUCUUCGAGUGUGUUCUUGAAAGUGGUUCUCCCCCCGCCCCACUUCAGGAAACUGAGUGCUGUUAUUUAUGGCACCAGGCUCUGAAAAUAACUCCCAUGUAGGUGGGUGUUAACAGCCCAGAAGACUGGGGAGACGCAGGCGGCUGUUUUGGUGCCAUCGACUCUGAGAUCGCUUGUUUUCUCAGAGUACCACUCCACUGUAAAUCAUCUCUCUCUCUCUCUCUCUCUCUCUCUGCCCACACACUUGGCACCAGCUCUGCAGACGUGAAGCCAGCUUUUGGAGAAGGCUGCUGCAGUCUUGGCGGCUUGGUUGCAAAGGUUGCUCUGUAGUGUUUUGGCUCUCCUUUGUAAACACCGGCGGUGCCCAGAGCCCCCUGGCCAAAUGUCCUUGGCUUCACUUUUGGCAAACAAUGACCUUUACCAAAUCAAGGCUGCCAGGCCUGGCAGGAGCUGACCUCGAGAGGUGGGCAAGCAGGAACCUGGAGCUCAGGUGUUCUCUGGGGAGGGAGGGGCCUGUGGUUGCCCUGUGGCAAGGGGAAAGGCACUCUGCACGUGCCUCAGAGGCACCAUUUUUCUGCGUGCUGCGGAGGCCGAGCCCUUUCGUGUUGAAACAGGUUUGGGGUUACAUGAGCUUAAAAUCGAUCUCCGUUGAUGACGCGCUCUUUAGAACAGUGUUAGAAACUCAAAUAAAUGAGCUAAUUGCCAGGUGGCACCUUAAAUUGGGGUUGCGGUCGCCACAAUGGAAAGUCUAGAUACUGUGUUUCUUUUUGCAAUGGAAUUUUUUGUUGUUUCUAUAGCACUUUAUAUUUUAAAGAGGGGGAAACCUCAAAGUGGUGUACAAUACAGUGGUAUCUCGGGUUACAUUUGCUCCAGGUUACAUACGCUUCAGGUUACAGACUCCGCUAACCCAGAAAUAUUACCUUGGGUUAAGAACUUUGCUUCAGGAUGAGAACAGAAAUCGUGCUCCGGCGGUAGCGGGAGGCCCCAUUAGCUAAUAUGGUGCUUCAGGUUAAGAACAGUUUCAGGUUAAGAACGGACCUCCGGAACGAAUUAAGUACUCAACCUGAGGUACCACUGUACAUUAAAACAAAUCCAGAAUUAAACGUAUUCAAGCUUCAAGAAAGGUAGUUCAGAUCCUUCUCUAUUUUGCUUUUCCCAUAUUUAUUUACCUAUUUAAUUUAUAUAGCUGCCCCAUAGGAAGCCAAUGUGGGGUAGUGGUCAGAGUGUCAGACUAGGACCUGGGAGGUCAGGAUUCAAAUCCCCACUCAGUCAGGAAACUCAAAGCCUCUUGGCCUAUUUCACAGGGUCAAGCUGGACCUUUGGCCUGAUCCUGUGUGCAAUGGGUUUACGUUCAUCCCCCACCUCACAAGAAGCAACCUGAGCACAAGCUUCUUCAUAGCUUUUCUCAGUCUGGAUGCUUGAAGAAGGCCAUAACUCGCCAUAGGCGGACAGCUGCUGAUGCGCUUGUUCUGCAAAGCUGCAGGAUUCUGCUCCCCUCUGACAGAAUUGGAAUUCACCUCUGGGGAAGCUUUCUGUUCCCUGAUCCUGCAGAAGGUGGCUUUGCUAAAAUAUUCUUGAGAACCGAGGGGCAAGGUGUGUGUUCAGGCAGGUGGUAUUGUUGUGUUUUUGUGGCCUCAGGCUCCCCUGUGAAACGUAUAUAUCCUGUGUACUAGGGUACUUCCGCCUUCUGAGUGGCUUAAAUGAAUCAGAAGCUUCCUUAGAGCCAUCUUACUCCAAAGUAACUUUGUUGUCACACCUCGGAGGAGGUUAGCAAGCUUGUCUCUCCCCUUUUAGCCCCAUCUCCCUCCCCCUAUUCCUUCCUGCACGCUUCAGAGAUUUCCAGGAGAGCUAGCAGUUUCUGUUCAGUGCCUCUCCCCCCCCCCCCCCAAAAUCUUUCCUUUUGUGCUCCACGACCUCCACCCCUCUUUUUUGAAAGCUGGAUGUUCAGAUCGGAGUGGAAUGCACAUCUGGGCUGAAUAUUUGUUAGAAAGUAUUCCCAGGAUAACGCCAAGUUGGCUGUGCCAAAGAGGAAUUCCUGCGGGUUUGAUCCGCUCCGUGAUGUACUUUUUGUUAACGGGAAGAAAAAAAAUGGGUUGUGGAGUGUCUCUUUUUGGUCAAAGAGAUGAGUAGCAGAGCUGGAGCCCAGAACAAAAUGUCAGCUUUGGCAAUUUUGCAAGGGGAGAUGAGAUGCAAAAAUCUGUUUCUAUACAAUACCAAGCUCAGUCUUUUCCACCCCAGCCCGACCCUUUUCUACAUUGUUGUUUUUUUAAAGACCAGUGUUUUCCAAAUUUUUAAUAACUGAAGAAAUUUUGGUUUGCUCUGAAUUAAGAUUGAAGGUGCUUCUGCGGUGAUAUCAAGCCGCACUCUGCUCCAAGGUGGCCCAUUGGAAUUGAUGGACAGGCACAUCUGUUUGGAAGUCUUCUCUGAAUAGCGAUUAACGUUGCGCAUCACAGCUAGACUCCCAAAUAAUUUCGGUUUUAGAGUACCUUAAAAAGCGCCAGUAGUUUGUUUUGGUAUGAGCAGCUGUUCUAGGUGUUUCUUCGGGUCCAAUAGGGUCAUACUCUCACCUGUUGCAGGUGGAGGGAGGCAGAAUCGCUGCCCCCACUCCGAGACGAGGUUGAUGGGAAGGCCAGAGCAGUGGAUCACGCAGAGUGGCGACGGGCCACCUCCCCUGGAAGCAAGUGCUUUCCACCCACGAGAGAUGUGAUGCUUGUAUAAAAACCCAUUUCUGAUCUCCUUUCUGAGAGCGGAAAGUAGGAUAUCCUAGAUUUGAAAGGGACACCUAGGUUCAUCUAGUCCAACCCCCUGCAAUGCCGGAAUCUGAGAGACCCUGAGAGAGUAGUAGUAGUAGUUGUUGUUACAUGGUUUUAUUCUUAAACCUCCCUUCAUGGCCUGCGUGGAAAUCUGGAUUUUAGGCGUUAGCUGCAGCUUUUUUGGGUAUCAGUUGCCUCACACGUUUUGGUGCCUAAAUGAUUCAGGAGCCCUCGAAGCUUUCAGGAGGGAAUUUGGUUUUCUCCGAUCUGGUUAUUCUGGUUCAAAUCUGACGCAACUGGUGCCUCGGGCCGAUACAUGCUCUGUUGUUUGCCCUCCUCUGGAUUCUGCACCUGGUAUAGGCUUCGAAAUGCCAGUCCUUUUCCUGAACGUCCAAAGCAAUUCAUAUGUGCAUUGCUGUGAGCGCUACCUGGUGAACUCCUGGCUGAGGGGAGUUUGCUCCUAUUUUAGCCGUGGACUAGGAAUAGUCUUGUUGGACUUCAGCUCCCCCCACUGGCCCCUCUGGCUGAGAUUAAGAGGGGUUGUGUGGCCCAGGAAGAUCUGGAAGGGGGCCAGGGACCAAGGAUGGGGAGGGAGCAGCUAAACGGCACUUCCUUUCACGUAAUGUGUGAAGUUGCCCUCUGGAAACUUUACCUGGGCACCGUUCCAGUUCAAACUAAUAAAAGCAGGGGCUGGCGGGUGGGGGGGAGAGACAAUGGGAUUGAUGUCUUGGAGGGGGGGGGGAGCAGGGGAGAAAAAUCUCCCUAAAAGCCUUGUCCACAUUAAUUACGAAUAAAGCAUUGCCUGGUCUGUGCAUAUUGUAUCAACGGUGCAAUAAAAUUGUGGAGAUCGCUUUUGGCCCUGCUGUAGGGGCUCCUUUCCCUCUUAAUCUACUCAUUCCUUUUGGAGAGGGGGUAUUUUAAAACUCUUCUCUCCAUCUUUUUUAAAAAAGCGAUAUUGCUAGCCUGGACUCAUGUACAGAUGGCCCUGGGCCCAUGGUCUGUCUGACCAUGUGCAGAGUGCCUAUCCAUGAGUAGCCUUAGUUCAGCAUCGUAGUUCUGAAUUAAAGGGCAUCAAUUGCAAUCGUGGCUUGGGUAAAAUAAAUAAUAAUAAUAAUUUAUUAUUUCUACCCCGCCCAUCUGGCUGGGUUUCCCCAGCCACUCUGGGUGGCUUCCAACACAAUAUUAAAAUACAGUAAUGCCUCAAACAUUAAAAGCUUCCCUAAACAGGGCAAAACUAUCGUAUUCUUGAAGCCUGCCUUUAUAUGCAGAAACCUGGGCAAAGCAAUUGACAGCCUGCUUCCCCAUCUAGGAUUCGCACAAUUGAUCGGCCCAAGUAACUCUUUCUGGUAGCCCAAUCGGGCCUUUGGUGAAACAGGGAUAGCUGAUAUAUUUAACCUUUUAAAUGCUAUGGGUACCCAAGGCCAGUGCCCUUUGGUUGAGGGCUUUUGAAGGCUUGAGUGGAACAGUUCUCCCUUGGCAGGUUGUGAACUUUCCUUCCUUGGAGGUAUUUAAGCAUAGGUUGGGUGGCCAUCUGUCAUGGAUGCUUUAGCUGAGUUUUCCUGCAUUGCAGCGGGUUGGACUAGAUGACCCUCGGGGUCCCUUCCAACUCUAAGGUCCUCUGAUUCUAUGUAUCGCAUUGGUGGUGUGUAUGUGUGAUGUUUCUGCAGGGCUCAACUGCAGGUGGGUUUGGGAGGCAUCUUUCCCCUACAUGACACACACACGCAAUUCCUUGCAAGUAGAAAAGCAAGCAAGCAAGGGUUAGAACCCGCCUCCUUGCUCUGCCAGAUCUUCAUUUCCACACACCCCGAUAAAUUUAAAUAAAAUGUUAGCACCUUCUCAUCCUCCUGCUUUUGCAAUUUGUUGUUAUCUACUUGUGGUUUUAUUUCGGUGCCUGGUGUGGACAAACCGGUGCGUUCAGCAGCCCUGCCUUUGAUUCACCGGGUGAGUAAUAUAGCCUAGCUGCGAUGCCUCAUUUUGCUCUCCGUCUGGGCUCAGGGUAAACAAGCAGCAAGUUCAGCGGAGUUUGGGUGUUUUGAAGGGCUCGCGGGAAGAGGAGGGACGCUGGGGGAAGGCUUAUUAAGGCUCGAGGGCUCGCUCACCCAGAAAUCCUCACCCAGAAUAUGCCUGGGUUCCUCUGCACACACCAGCGGGCGGCCGAGGCUUGUCGGGUAACAUUCCUGCAGCCAUCAAGGCUAGCCAGAGGCGUUCAGUGUUUUGUAAGGUGCUCAGUUAGAGCUGUGAGGUUGCGUGCGGUCCAGCUGAUAAUGGCCACCAAGCAAAUGCAGACUAGGUCUCGGCCGUAAUGCUGCUCAGUGCACCGAAUAUUCAAAAGGUGUGAAGCGUCAUUCGUGGGUGGAGCUUGAACUCAAAGUGGGUGGGGGCAAACUGCGGCAUGGAGACAGGCUGCCCCACCUUCCCGGUGAACAUUGGCCUCUUGUUUUGCCUUUCAGCUAGUUUAGUAGACUUCAAUUCCCAUCAUCCAUGACCAUCAGGCUGUGGAUGAUGGGAGUUGUAGUCCAGCAGUAUCAAAGGAAAGCCAAGGUUGAAGAAACUCUGGGAAAUAAAGUGGGGGAAAUAAAAUGAGGGUUUCUAUUUAAUAUCCUGCCUGUUUAGGGUUCAAACCUUUGUGGCCAAAAUUCACCAGGCAUAUUUUGCAUUUGGUGGCGCUGUGGGUUAAACCACAGAGCCUAGGACUGGCCGAUCAGAAGGUCGGCGGUUCAAAUCCCCGCGACGGGGUGAGCUCCCGUUGCUCAGUCCCUUCUCCUGUCAACCUAGCAGUUUGAAAGCAUGUCAAAGUGCAAGUAGAUAAAUAGGUACCGCUCUGGUGGGAAGGUAAACGGCAUUUCCGUGCGCUGCUCUGGUUCGCCAGAAGCAAUUUAGACAUGCUGGCCACAUGACCUGGAAGCUGUACGCCGGCUCCCUCGGCCAAUAAAGCGAGAUGAGCGCCGCAACCCCAGAGUCGGCCACGACUGGACCUAAUGGUCCCUUUACCCUUUACCUUUAUCAACCAUUUGCGACCAAGUGAAGAUGCCCUGGUGCCAGGAUGGGGCUUAAUGUCUCCUCCAUCUGCAUGCCUGGGGGUCCUUGGGUCUUGGACCAUUUUCACACACCAGCGAUACACCCUGUAGAAUUCUAUCUGUUAUAUUUUAUUUGCACAAUCAGAACGAAUUUCAAGAACCAAAAAGUUGUAAUGAAACUAGGCAUUCCAUUUUGGUGACUGUUUAGGUGAUCCUGGUUUAAGGAGCCAUUUAGCUUUAUAUACCUGACUUUCUAACAUUGGCCUGUGCAAUUGGGUGGCACUUAGCAAUACACGUUCCAUUGCCCAGAAGUAAGGCUUUCAUAGGUGUGGGGUGCAUAGGCCUGGCUUCAGAAGGUGCCCACUUUGGACGUAAAAUAGGGCUACGUCAACGUGGUGCUCUCCAGAUGGAUAGCCAACCUUGCAGGUGGGUUGCCAAACUGUGGUCCUGCAGGAAGCUUGUUUUUCCUGGGAGAGAUGGAUGAUAAACAGGUUUCUUUUCCUUUCCUGACUAACGGAUAACAGUACCAGUGACAUGUCUAGGAAAUGCAGUUGCAAACUUUGCUCAUUUACCUUGUGAACUUGUGAACCGUGAAAGAUUAAAGAAAAGUGUGUGCCGCAAGGGGCCGAGUCAGAGGGCUCUGGGGGCCAGAUGUCACCUGUGGGCUGCGCCUGCAGCAGACACCUUUGCGGAAGUGGCUGGUUGGAGGACUGGAGAUUACAUGUUUGCAAAUUGCACGGGGAGCUGGGGAGGGGAUGUUUUGAGCCAGAGAUUGGGGCUGGGCUUAUGCUUUGGGUGACAAAUAAGCAUUGAUUCCUUGUGCGAGUCGUCCCCCCCCCUUUUUUUUCCUUUCCCCUGUUUCUGUUGAGCUGGUGCAAUUUGCACAGGAACACUCUGUCUCCUCGGUUGGCGGAACUUGUUCCAAAGGAGCUACAGGCCAGAAAUCUCCAAAGGGGUUGUGGGUUUUUGUUUGUUUGGACAGUUGGGAAAGAACGAAGAAAAUGCAGCAAUCCAAACACCGCCGGCGGUUGACUUUCGGGGGCAUUCGCCCUGUUGUUCCAACGCUGCUUUUCCCCAACCGGGCGCCCUUCAGAUGCUCUGCGCUACGGCGCCCGUUGUAUGGGAGUUGUAGUCCAGCGCAUAUGAAGGGCGCCUGGUUGGGAAAAACUAUUCUGAUGGGCAGCAAAUAGGGUUUAUAAUCCAGAGUGGAUCCGUGGCAAACAUUCCCACCUCCUGCAUUUUCUGCCGUGGUCUGUUGCCGCGCUUGGGUGUUUUGUGUUUUUCCAGCUCACGAGAAGGCUGCGUUUUCCCACCAGGGGCCUGCUCCUGGCUGCUUUCCCUGCAGAGUGGCUUUGUUUAAUUAGCAUGAGCUAAUGCAGCGAGGGGCUUGCAUUAAAGGCACAGGCCCCCCUCGCAAGCGAGGCGUCGGGCUCCCUUACGGAGGAACAUGUUGUGCUCGGGUUCGUGCUCUGCCUUUGUUCACCCCCCCUCUCCUCCCGACUUUUGCAAGUCUCGUCUUCGGCUACAGGAACACUCGGCUUGUCGGCAGCAAUUAGACGGGAGCCAGUUUGGCUAGUUCCAUGCGCUACAAGGGGGGGUGCUUUCUGCUUUAUUGAACGUCUGCCCCCCCCUCCAUACCCUAGUCGCGUGGCCAUUUUGAAACCGUAGCCCAGGCCUCAAAAUUAACUUGGGAGGCGUGCCCUUUGGGCCACACACAAACCUAGCGGACCAGCCCUCUGGAUCCUGGCUAUCAUCAGUGCCUUCCACGCAGAACAGCUAUGUUUUCGUAGAAUCGCAGUCGGAAAGGACCCCAAAGGUCAUCCAGUCCAACCCCUUGCAAUGCAGGAAUUGCAGCGCUACCUCCACAGGGAAGGUGUCCAGAAAUCUGCAUUAGGCAGCCUGUCCCCCAAAGCAUGUUGUAGACGUGGUUGGCCACCCCAAGGGUAGAAAUGGCUUCUCUUCAGUAGGGCUGGGCCAUAUCUGGUUUUCAACAUUGCAGCGUGUCACCGGAUAAACAUCACAAUAUACCGACAUAUCACAAUGUCUGGAGGAAAGGUGGAGCUUGGUUGAGGCGUUGGCUGGCUUCACGGUUUUUCCUGCGUCGUGAUUUUUGCCGGCGCCUGCUCUUGGGAUUCCCAACCCCAAGAGCUGAGCUGGUAGAGUUAACAAGGUUUGCAGGAAUCAAGAGAUUCUAACCACUGGUAUACUGUACAGUAGUACCUCGGGUUACAGACGCUUCAGGUUACAGACUCCGCUAACCCAGAAAUAGUACCUCGGGUUAAGAACUUUACCUCAGGAUGAGAACAGAAAUUGCGCCGCGGCAGCAGGAGGCCCCAUUAGCUAAAGUGGUGCUUCAGGUUAAGAACAGUUUCAGGUUAAGAACGGUCCUCCAGAACGAAUUAAGUUCUUAACCCGAGGUACCACUGUAUUCAGAAGCAGGCUGCCUCCCGACCGUGGAGUGACCACCUAGCCAUUGUGGCUAGUAGCCACACAGAGCCUAAUUCUCCAUAGAUUUGUCUAAUCCUCUUUCAAAGCCACACUUCACAUCACUUCAUGGGAUGAUGACGAUGAAAGUUGGGAGUCCAACCACGUCUGGCAGGCAGUACAGUCAUACCUCGGGCUACAGACACUUCAGGUUGCGUUUUUCCGGGUUGCGGACCGCCGAAACCCGGAAGUACCGGAACGGGUUACUUCCGGGUUUCGGCGGUCGCGCAUGCGCAGAAGCACUAAAUCGCUCCUUGCGCAGAAGCACCGAAUCGCAACCUGCAAAGACGCUCUGGGUUGCGAACGUGCAUCCUGCACGGAUCACGUUCGCAACCCAAGCGUCCACUGUAGUUGAAGGAAGUUGUUCUGAUUAGCUGUAGCGCCGUUUGAAAGGCUGCGUGGCUCGUAGCAACCAGCAAGGCAGAUUUCUGUCUGUCUCUCCUUUUCUCGCUGGGUUUUAUUGAAGAGCCUCAUCCCCAGUGUGACCCAAAAGAUUGCUCAGUCAUUUUCCCUUUCUUCCUCUGCUUUCUCUUCAGUUAUAUGAAAACCUCUCACUAACCAUGACGGGGGUGUUGAAAAGAAAAUACAAUGAACUGGAAGACGACGCCCCCUACUUCUCCUCAUCUUCCUGCUCGCCUUUCUCUUCCUCCUCGUCGGCGUCUUCAGGCUGGGACUCGGACGAGGAAAACUCACGAGGAGGAGGAGGCAUCAAACCCAGCUUGGCCUUGAGCUCCGAUUUCACCCGUAAGUAUAUUCACUUCUUACGUUACACCUUCUCCUCCAAGGAGGUCGCGGCAGCCAAACGCAGUUCUCCUGCCCCGUUUUUGGCCGCACAACGAUGCUGCGAGGUAGGUUAGGCUGUGCGAAUGAAUCUUAGAGCUGGAAAGGGGCAAGGGUCAUCUAGUCCAACCCCCUUGGCAAUGUGGGAAUCUUUCGCCCAAUGUGGGACUCGAACACACGACUCUUGAGGUUAAGAUGGAGUGUGCGAAUGUCUGAGCUGCCCAAAGCCAUCCACUGAGCUUUGUGGCUAAAGUGGGGUUUGAACCUAGAGUCUCCAUGUUUCUUACUGAGAACUCUACCCACUACUCCACACUGCCUCUCUCUAAUGUGGACUUUGCAUUGGCCCAAAGCUCUUUGCUUCUCUUCUGGAGUCUGCCUAUUCCUGCCGGUUUGGAAGCUCGCAAUAUGUUUGCAUAAACCUUCUUCGUGAUAGACUUGGGAAUUACCUUACGGGUUGCCUGUUUACACACGUGAAACGGAAAUGGUUGAAGUGAUGGUGUCAGGCAGGUAUGAAGGAGGAGGGGAGGGGGCAGAAAGUCAGCCUGAGAAGUCCUGGAAGAGCUUUGAAAGUAUUUGUCUGCCGCUCUUCAUAGGAACGCAUUGCAGGGCAGUUCACUACCCAAAGGGAAGGGAAAUUGAGUUUGCAGUGGGUGAGAAGAAUCCUGCAUUUUGAGAAAUGCUUCUCAUCCUGUGCUAGAGUGCAAAGCGUGUUAAUUCAAGUUAAGUGUGGGUUUUUUUAAAUGUUAAAACAAGCAAUUAAAUGUUGACAAAUUAGCUCUGGGCGCACACUUUAAAAAAAUGAAGAAUUAACUAGCUCAUUGAAUACAAGUGGAAUUUGGUCAUUCUAGUUUAUUCAGCAAAAUAUCCAGUGUGCUAAAUUAACAUUUUCUGGCUGUCCUCGCAGCAUCCUUCCACUCCUGCCAUUAAUAAUGGCUUCCAGUUUUGCAUUUUUCACUAAACCUCUCCACGGACUGUACCUACAUCCUGCAGAGAUGCUCUCCGCUGCCCUUCCAGUGAAAGGCAAUCGUUUUAAUCGGUAAAUCUUGUACCAGACUGCUGGGACUGUUUUGCUUCUGAGGUCCACUUAGGCGACGCUUGCAAACCGGCUGCCGUCUCUAAAUGCCUUGGAAGUCUUGAAACAACAAAGAGGCUUUCUUUUUGUGUUCUGGCUUUUGUGCGGCAACAAUGAACUUUCUGUGUUCUCCUCCUGGCCUGUGGGGAAGGGGGGGAAGCAUUGCAAACAAUUCGAGCGAUGACUGCAAAUGCUGAAGUCUGAUAUUAACAAAUAUUUAACUUUAUUUCUCUCUCUCGGUAAUAAGUGUUUAUAUAUUUUGACAUUACUGAGCAGAACCGAGAGAGACGUGCCAACUGGCUGGCAGGGGGAGAAACCUUUGGAUAAGCUGGCAGAAAUCAAAGCGAGCUCUCUGGUGCAUCACUCGCAACGGCUGGCUCAUAUGUUUUGACUCUUAAUGGGCCACUAGAUGUGCAGAAGCUUCAGUGUGCCUGUGUUGGUCGCUGUCUGUAACAGCUAUCACCAGCAUCUGCAAUGGAGAGCUCUCUUCUAGCCUUCAUUCUUGCUCACCAUUGUUGGACAAGAAGUGCUUAGAACAAAAGAAAAAUCAUCCACAUCUGAACUGAGUCCCAAAGCCAUUUUCUUGAACAUUUUGGGUGGGGGUUUUUUUGUAAAUUUUCACAGGACUUGUGAAAGUAUCUUGCUUGCAGUGUUUAAAUACAUACAUACAUACAUACAUACAUAAAAAGGUAAAGGGACCCCUGACCAUUAGGUCCAGUCACGGACGACUCUGGGGUUGCGGCGCUCAUCUCGCUUUACUGGCCGAGGAAGCUGGCGUACAGCUUCCGGGUCAUGUGGCCAGCAUGACUAAGCCGCUUCUGGCGAACCAGAGCAGCAUAGGGACACACCAUUUACCUUCCCGCCGGAGCAGUACCUAUUUAUCUACUUGCACUUGACGUGCUUUCGAACUGCUAGGUUGGCAGGAGCAGGGACCGAGCAACGGGAGCUCACCCCGUCACGGAGAUUCGAACCGCCGACUUUCUGAUCGGCAAGCCGUAGGCUCUGUGAUUUAGACCGCAGUGCCACCCGCGUCCUUACAUGCAUACAUACAUUUAAAAAAACCAUUUUGGUUUUAAGUUGCAUUUUUUAAAAAAUACAUUUGGGGGUUGCAAAACUAGCCGUAGUUCAAAUGUUGCAGGCAUUGCGCAUCAUCUCAGCUUCAGGAAGAUCGCAGACACCUUGACUUUUUUUGCAAGUAGCAAAGCGCGCUUGGUGGGGAAGGAGGAGGCGAGCUGGAAACUGGUCACUAUAGAUACUACAUUUUUAAUCCUCUGCUUGCAGAUUCCUGAGCAGCUGUUGAGCGUCAUUCCUCUCCCCCGAGAGGCCUGGGAGCCUCAUUAUUUAAUAUAAGGAAGAGUUGUGCCAGUUUUUAAGUAAAUGGAUUCCAGAUCGAUCUGGCUAAGCCAGCACAGACGUGUCUCACAGAUGCACUUAGAUUGGUUUGACCCCUGCGUAUCUCCAUUUAAUUGAAUUCAGUAAAUUGCCAUCUUAAGCUAAACUGCUCCAAGCUAAGCAUUGCGACAUUAUUCAUAGCGGACGGAGAGCCAUUUUUGCGUGUGUUUUAUUUAUAGCAAAAAAAAAAAACCCACAAAAAAACGAGCGAGCCUCUUUCUCUGCGAUUGGAGACGGAUGUGAGCCCACCUUGGGCGUUGAGAAAUCAGUGCAGGGUAUUCCUUCAAGUUGCCUGUGUUGGAAAGGAGUAGCUCAAAACCGGGACAGGAGUGUGAAGUUGUUGAAUCUGCAGCCCAUCUGCAUAAUUUGGCAUCGCCGGGUGGAUUUGCAUGCUAUUUGUGGAGCCACAGCAGGUGCCAGGCCACAGCUGGUGGCAACGCAGGGCUUCCUUUGCGAUUGUCCUGGAAUUCGCAGCCCCGGAGAUCCCAAAAUGGCCAGCAUGAGGUUUUACAGAUGAGGGAGGAUGGAGUUGGCAGCCUCUUCCCACGUGGUUUUUGAGUCUAGGAUAGUGUGGGGUGCGGGUCGUAUCCGGCUGUGGCAUUUGGGGGGUGGGGGGACAGGAUGGGACAUGGCAAAGACAGUGUACAACUUGCGGUUCCCAAACUUUGUAUUAACGUUUUGCAGGGUUUUUAAAAAAUCAUCAUUUAAAACAGCGAGAGGGAGAACUGAGGCAUAUGCUAGCAGUUCGCCGAAAGGGUGAUCCCACAUUGUUAGUUUUUAACUUUAUUAAAUAUAUAUCCCGCCUUUCCUCUAGGAAGCUCAAGGCAGAAUACAGUGGUACCUCGGGUUAAGUACUUAAUUCGUAACCUGAAGCUGUUCUUAACCUGAAGCAUCACUUUAGCUAAUGGGGCCUCCUGCUGCCGCCGUGCCGCCAAAGCACGAUUUCUGUUCUCAUCCUGAAGCAAAGUUCUUAACCCGAGGUAAUAUUUCUGGUUUAGCAGAGUCAGUAACCUGAAGUGUAUGUAACCUGAAGCGUAUGUAACCCGAGGUACCACUGUACACGAUAAUCUUCCCUGCUUCCUACUUAGUCCCCACAAAAACCCUGUGAGGUAGGUUAGGCUGAGAGACAGCAACCGGCCCGAGUCACCCAGCGAACUUCACGGCUGAGUGGGGAUUCGAACCCUGGUCUCCCAGCUCCUAGGCCAACACGCUAACCACUACACCACACUGGCUUUCAAGCACUUGCUCUCUCGUGCUCUUACCCAGAAGAGGGGUGUGUUUGUGUGUGUGUGGCUCAGUGGCUUGCUGAGUACAAGUUUAAGGGGGAGGUAAGAUUUGAACCCAGGACAGACAGCUGGUGGCAGCGCUUUCUUUAUUUCCGCAAGAACCCCUGACUUUGCAACCGCUUGCCACCCCUUGUGGGAUUCUGCAGGCUGCAAUUCUGCAUUUCCUGCGUUUUUUUCCUUGCUGCUGCCACACUUGCCUAUUUGGUGGCAUAGCUGUCAACGUUUCCCUUUUUUUAAGGGAAAUUCCCUUAUUCCGAAUAGGAUUCCUCGCAAGAAAAGGGAAAAGUUGACAGCUAUGCUUGGUGGGGUUUUUGUUUGGGUUUUUUUUUUUUUAAAGCUUCUUUUUUCAUUUGAAUUUGCAUUAGGCAGAAGUACCUGAUUGCACCGGUAAGGUUAAACAUUAAAAAAAGCCUCCCCCCAAAAUAUAUAUAUAUACAUAAAACGCAUCAUGCAGGUGCUUUAAGAUAAACCAGGCACUUGAGCCAGCCAUGUUUACAUUGGGAUCACCUGCCUAUGAAAAGUAGUGGCUCUGCAGCUGCUUUUAAAUUAGCCCCUGGAGAUUAGGCUUGUAGAUUUACAGUUCCUCCCAGUGCGCAGCGAAGGAAAUGUCCUCAGAGCAGCUGUUUUGAUGAUCUUGUGUUCUCUCUCUCUCUCUCUCUCCGCCCCUCGCAAGAAGCUUCACCAGCAAAACUGUUUGGGUGUCUGUGUUUCCUUUUUAAGUAAAGUGGGCAGGAGGGCGGGGGAGAAAUCUGGUCUGCAAAAAAAGCCCCCCCCCCGACUCCCUUGGCUUGACAGCGCGCAGAUGGUGCGCUUAGACGGCCGGAGUAACGUGCAGUGAAUAUUUCAUGUCCCCGGUUGCUGUCGGGGAAAACACGUUUCCUUGAGAAAACUGUCACGAGCCCAGGAACGCGGCUGCGUCUUGCGGAAUCUGCUGGCUGGCAGGACGGCAUCUGGGUGUGUGUGUGUGUGGUGUGACGGCGCAAGUCUCCCCGCCGAAACAAGAGCCAGCGCAAAUGUGCAGCAGUGUAUAGAACAGACCUGGGGGGGGGGGGAGGGACACACUGUAAUAUUUCCACACGUGCCUGGGCCGGAGGCAAAAAUUGGUCCAGCUUGCAUUUAAUAGCUGAACCUGCCGGACUUUGCACCUUCUGAAAUAAUAAUAAUAAUAAUUUUAAAAUUAAAUUAUUUUAUUUAUACCCCGCCCUCCCCGGCCAAAGCCGGGCUCUGGGCGGCUAACACCAAUAAAAUUGCAGUAAAAACAUAAUAAAAGAAAAAGAAAAAGAUUAAAAUACAGUGGUACCUCGGGUUAAGAAUUUGUUCCAGAGGUCUGUUCUUAACCUGAAACCGUUCUUAACCUGAAGCACCACUUUAGCUAAUGGGGCCUCCUGCUGCUGCCGCACCGCCGGAGCACGAUUUCUGUUCUCAUCCUGAAGCAAAGUACUUAACCUGAGGUACUGUUUCUCGGUUAGCGGAGUCUGUAACCUGAAGCGUCUGUAACCUGAAGUGUCUGUAACCUGAAGCGUAUGUAACCCAAGGUACCACUGCCUAGUUGCAGUGGGGGCUGCUGCCCCUAGAGGUGGGUAGAGAAUUGCAGUCCAGACUCUUGGAUCGUCCCCUGCUUUGUGUGACUUGCAGACCUGGUGAUGUUAAUGCUGAUCUACCUUGCAAGGUGGUUGUCAGGAGGAUGGAGAGCAUGCAUAUGAAAGGCUUCGGACCCUCAAAAGGCUGAGUAAAGGUGUCAAGAGGAUCAAAAUAACAUAACGGAUGCCUGCUCUAGAUGAGCUGUCUUUUCCCGUUUUAAUUUUAUGCAUGGGUCUUUCAAGGCAGUUGGUUAGCUCUUUUUAAAAAAGCCGCUCUGAGAAAUUUAGUCACAAAAGGAAAGCGAAAAACCCAGCACUUCAUUUUUUAAUAAGAGAGGCAGUAUUGUUUAGUGGUUAGAGUUUUGGACUAGCCCCAGCCAAACCUAGGUUUGAAUCCUUAUUGUAAGGAAAACAGUCCGUCCCUCCUUCUGUCAUCGCCAUCAGAAACUCUUAACCUUCAACUCUCAACACUUGCACCAUUGUGUCUAAUUGGAGUGAUAAUAUAAUAUUCCUGAGCAGCUAGAUUUCUGCUUGUGGGGAAAUGGUUCCUUCUCCCACCUCCAGCCUGUCUGUUUUUGGAGUCUUGUAUUAUUAUUUAUUGAAUUUAUAUACCGCCCUAUGCUCGGAGGUCUCAGGGCGGUUCUCAGAAUAGAAUCAAAAUAUAAAACCACAAAAUACGUAAUCAAAAUAAAAACAACAACCUGAUACCACCCCCCCAAAAAAAAAUUUUAAAAGGGCAUAGGAUGUCAAUCAAAUCAACCAAAGGCCUGGUUAAAAAGGAACGUUAUUGCCUGGCACCUAAAGGUGUAUUAUGAAGGUGCCAGGCGAACUUCCCUGGGGAAGAGUAUUCCACAGAGGGGGAGCCACUGCAGAAAAGACCCUGUUGCCACCCUCUGGACCUCUUGAGGAGGAGGAGGCACACAAAGAAGGGCCUCAGAAGAUGAUUGUGUCAAUGAGUCUUUUUUAUUAUUACUUUUUUGUUUAUCUUUGUUACUUCUUUAUUUUUCCUUUUUUCCUUUCUUUAUAAAUUUUCUAUUUUAUAUAAUUUUCUUUUUUCUACCUGUUAAGAGAUAGUACAUAAUGUUUGUAAGACAUGCAAUUUUUUAAAUGAAUAAAGAAUAUAUAUAUUUUUUUAAAAAGAUAAUGAUCUCAGGGUCCGGGUAGGUUCAUAUGGAAAGAGGCAGUCCUUUAGGUAUUGCGGUCAUGUUAAAAGGCACUUCAGGUGUUGUAAACUGUUUUCCCCUCUUGGUUUUCAAAAAAGCAGGUUUCUAGCCCUCAAUGGUACAGAUAGGAGAUGGAAACAGGAAAGAUUCAUUCUCUUUUAAUACCCUAUUCUCAACCAUUGAUUAUGCACUUUAAAUGAGCCAUUGCAGCAAGCGCUCACCUCGCUUCGUCUUUCUCUCUCCCAGCCACCUCCAUCCUGAAGAAAAGCAAACGGUUGAAGCGCAACAACGUGGAGUUUGACCGGGUCACCGUCUUCUACUUUCCGCGCUGCCAGGGCUUCACCAGCGUGCCCAGCCGCGGGGGCUGCACCUUAGGCAUGGUCAGCAAGCACGGCUUCUCCCGGGAGUUCACGCUGGCCGAGUUUUCCAAGGAGCAAGAGGCCGUCCGGCGGGAGAAGCUCAAGGAGCGCUUGAAAGAGGAGAAGCUGGAAGCCCUGAAGUGGAAAGUAAGUGGUGGGACACCGGGUGGGCAUGCAGAAGGCCGCUAUGGAGAGGCGCCUCUAGCUGUAAAAACAAUUUCUGGUCGUUCUUGGAAUAUGCAGAAAUAGCCAAAUUAAGAGGGAAAAUUAGACAACAGGGCGAGGAAACAUUUCAAAAAGAAUGGGGAAAAUUUCUGUCGUAUAUAGGAAAGAUAAGAUGAAAUAGGGAAACCAGUAGAAUUGGAAAUAAACCUCAUAACGGGAAAGAUUAAGAAAAGUGAUGGAUGAUGAAAAUAAUAAGAAGCAAAAUGUAUAAGGAGAUUAAUACAACUAACAGUAGUUGUAAAUAAAUAAAUAAAUAAAGACAGACAGACAGACAACAAGAAUUGAAUAAACAGGAGGAUUUAUUUGUUUAUGGAUAUACUAUGGACAAAUACGGAAAAUGAAUAACAAUAUACAAAAUGGAUGAAAAUAAUGCGAUAAAAUUAUAUGUGAUAUAAAAAACCAGAAGGAGGGAAGUCAGUGCUUAGGAGCAAGUAUAAAUGUAAAAUGCAACACAUUAUGUGUAUGUGGCGUAUGUAACCGGAAAACUAAUAAAGAUUAUUUGGACAACAAGGAGGGAUUUCUGAUUUCAAGAUGGCGGCCGUCAUGCUUCUGCUUCUUACACAAGUUUUCUCUGCGUUUCUCCAAACAGCUCACCAUGAACGGUACGAAGGAGUCAGAGGAAGCCAACCAGCUCACCACAGAAGACAUCUCUGACGAUGACAUCGACGCCAGCGCCACCGAGCUGGAAGACGGCUUCUUCCUCCAGCCGUACCCGGCCAAGAAGAGGCGAGCUCUGCUCAAAGCCAUGGGCGUCAAGAAGAUUGACAAAGAGGAGAAGCGGGAGCUGCAUAGCAUCCGCCUCUCCCGGGAAGACUGCGGCUGCGACUGCCAGGAGUUCUGCGACCCCGAGACGUGUAGCUGCAGCCUAGCGGGCAUUAAAUGUCAGGUGUGUGUGAGGAGGGGUCUUCUUGGCCGGGUUUCUUGCGAGGAAGAGGGCUUAUGGGACCCAGUGUGGGGAAAGCGGAGAUUGCCCUGGGAGAAGCUGGUCUUCCGCUGCUUCUGGUAUGUUGGGGCUGAGAAGGAAUGAUAAUAAUAAUAAAUAAUAAUUUAUUAUUUAUACGCUGCCCAUCUGGCUGGGUUUCCCCAGCCACUCUGGGCGGCUCCCAACAGAAUAUUAAAAACACGAUAAAACAUCAAAACAUUCAAAACUUCCCUAUACAGGGCUGCAUUCAGAUGUCUUCUAAAAGUCAGAUAGUUGUUUAUUUCCUUGGCAUCUGGUGGGAGGGUGUUGUACAGGGCGGGAGCCACUACUGAGAAGGCCCUCUGCCUGGUUCCCUGUAACCUCACUUCUCGCAGGGAGGGAAGUGCCAGAAGGCCCUCGGCGCUGGACCUCAGUGUCCGGAAUGGUAUAAAGGGUCGAGGUCUGAAGCUUCAAGACGAGCAAAAAGCCUUGGAGGAUGCUGAGAUGAGCAGCUGCUUUUGCCCAGAGGGCAAAUGGGAGACGGCAGUUCUCCCACCAAACAGAUAUUGGCCAGCCUUUCCACACUGUUUUUGUUUAUCGAUUUAUUUCAUUAAUAAACCACCCUUUAUCAGAAGAUCCCAGGGCGGUGUACAACAUUAAGGACACAUCGUACCGAGCGUAAAAAUGAAAGCAGCUUAAUAAAAUAACACAGUCCCCACCAUUUCAGCUUUAACAGGCCGUAGAUUGUUUAAUGGCCCACAAGCAUAGGCAAUGAGGAAUGUUUUUGCCUGGCGCCUAAAGACAUGCAAUGAUGGCAUCAUGUGAGCCUCUCUAGGGAUACCAUUCCAUAGACUGGGAGCCACCACAGAAAGGGCACUGUCUCGUGUUGCUACCCUCCUGGCGAGUGUGGACACAGAGAAGUUUGCAGCUCCACCUUUUUCCUAUGUGCCGAGCUGGGCAUAGGUGCAAAAGAAGCCGCCUUAUACUCUCUCAGGCCAGUUUGGCCAUCCAGCCCAGAGUUGUCUGCACUUACCUGAACGUGACUGACACCAGGCGGGGGCACCUUCAGUCUUCUCUCUCUGGCACCUGCUUAAAAUGUUACUGCUUAGGUGAGCCUCUCCAGACAUGUCGAAGUCACAGGUGUGUUGGCAGCUGUAUUAAAACACAGGGAGUGUUUGGGUGUUAUUUUAAUUACUUAUUUGUGUUUUUAUCUUGUAUGGUUUUUAUCUUGUGAACCACCCUUGUGAUCUUUUGCUGAAGGGAAGUGUAGAAUUGUUGUUGUUGUUGUUGUUGUUGUUGUUGUUGUUGUUGUUGUUGUAGUAUUUAUACCCUGCCUAUCUGGCUGGGUUUCCCCAGCCACUCUGGGCGACUUCCAGUACAGUGGUACCUUGGGUUACAUACGCUUCAGGUUACAUAUGCUUCAGGUUACAGACUCCGCUAACCCAGAAAUAGUGCUUCAGGUUAAGAACUUUGCUUCAGGAUGAGAACAGAAAUCGUGCUCCAGCGGCACGGCAGCAGCAGGAGGCCCCAUUAGCUAAAGUGGUGCUUCAGGUUAAGAACGGACCUCCGGAAGGAAUUAAGUACUUAACCCAAGGUACCACUGUACAUAUGAAAACAUAACAAAACAUCAAACAUUAAACACUAUCCAAUCCAGGCUGCCUUCAGAUGUCUUCUAAAAGUUAUGUAGUUCUUUAUUUCCUUGAUAUCUAGAGCGUUCCACAGAGCAGGUGCCACUACCGAGAAGGCCCUCUGCCUGGUUCCCUGUAACCUCACUUCUCGCAGUGAGGGAACCACCAGAAGAAUAUCAGCACAGCACUAUUAAAAGCCCUUUUCUUAAUUUUUUGUUGUUGAAUAAAACAAAGAGAAAUGCAUGUGUCAGACUUGACAGGCUAAAAGCAAGCAGUUGAACCAGUUAUGAGCAGGUCUUUUUUUAAAAAAAUAAAAAGUCUGGCUUAAAGGUAGAGGCCAUAUGACUAACAUCUAGUCCUUCUGCUCCCCAGAUGGACCACACGUCGUUUCCCUGCGGCUGCACGAAGGACGGCUGCGGCAACACAGAGGGCCGGAUCGAGUUCAACCAAGCCCGGGUGCAGACACACUUCAUCCACACCAUCAUGAAACUGGAGCUGGAGAAGAACCAGCCCAGCCCUGAGCGGAGCCCGGAGCCUGAACCCCUCUUCCGGGACCGGCUGCUCCCCUUCGGGUGCCCCGCGGGCAAGGCGGCGUUUGAGGAGAGGACGGUGCCGCUGGCGCCCGCCUUCCAGUUCAGCACGGACCUGGAGGCCAUUGGCGAGAACAGCUGCAGCAGCGACAUGACCGACUCCUCGGUGUCGUCCAACCAGAGCGAGGACCUGGAGGAGCCGUACGAGGCCGUGCCCUCCGAGAAGUCGCAGUCGGACGUGGACGACGACGGCCUGGCCCGCAUUCUCCACUUCAACGACUCCGACACGGAGGACGACAGCAGCGCCGCUAGCAACUGCCAGGACAACCUGAGCUCCUUCCACCCGACCGGCUUCUUCAGCGUGGACGUGGAGAACCAGUGCGCCACCGACAAGUUUGGCUCUGGCCACCCCCUGAACCAUUCGUCGAACAUCACGGGCUGUUUGGACGAGAACGCCAACCAGGGGGUGAGCUGUUUUCUGGAGGAAACUUUGCCCAGGGCAGCCCAAGCCGCGGGCGUUCCUUCCUGUGCCCCCUCUUCUUCCUCCUCCUCCGCCGUCGCCUCAAUGGAGCAAGGCUCUAGGAGCUACAUGGAUCUGAGCCUCUCCUCGGACUCUCUGGAUUUCUUCCAGUCCUUCUCGGACUACAACCUUGGACCCCUUUACAAUUCUUUGAAGGAGUACGAGAACCUGGACAACUUUUCGGCGCUGCAGCUCCAGUUGCCGAAUUUCCCCAGCUUGCCCCAGCCCGGGGAUCAGAGCCCGUGCUUUCUGGAGUCCCUCAUUGGCCUGUCCGAAUCUGUCCCAGAAACCCCUGCGCCUUUUACAGACAAUCAGCUCCUAGAAGAUGCCAUUAAGUCCUCUCUCAUGGAAACAGUGAAGGUUUAAAUGCUUUUGUUUUUUGGGAAAAGCCGAAGAGAGGGGGGGGAACCCCCGCAAGAAACUGCCAACCCCUUCCCUGAAGAGAAGGAAAUGCUACGUAAUAUUUUGUUCCUUUUUUCAGAUACUUUGGAGGAAGACGAAACAAACUCUGCAGCCGCAAUCGG